GGUUUUGGUAUGAAAGAAAGCAUUUGGUUGCCCAGCUUUUGUAUUUGAGGGCCGGUUGCACCUGUUGUGCCUCUGACUGGUAGCUUUGGUAUAACGUCAGAUUCGCUGGGAACGAUUGCAAUUGGUGUUAUCCAGUUCUAAAAGUCUGGAUAAGUAGAUGCUAUUGAGGCAAGGUACAUCAUGUGCUCGUCUUGAUCUGGGACAAAGAACUAUUGAAGUUGGAUUAUAAAUUGAUUUUGAACUUGAGAGUUUGGACCGACGGAAGCUUCGGGUUCGGGGAAGAAAUCAGCUCAUCCGAAAGAGUGAACCUUUGGGGAUAACUACAGACGACCAUCAACAAACUCAUUAAAUCCUUCUCCUCAACACAAUCUUCAAGAUGUACGCAUUUAACAAAGUCAUGAAGCUCUUAAUCUCCAUCGCCAUCGCCAUGGUUCUCCUCACCCUCAACUCCGUCUCUGCACUUCCCACCUCCGAGGUCGCCGAGAUCGAAACUCGAAGUGCCCUCCAUCCAUGCUCCGUCUUCAUUCAACGAUGGUGCCAAGAUUGUGAAGAACGCUUCGACGUUGCCUACUACAAUGUCACAUGGACCACUCCUUGGAAUUGGCCAAUUGCUGCCUUCUGGAACCAAGAAUCCGACGAAGUCAACGUCCCAACGGUUGGCUCUGAACUUGUCGCCGUCCAAGUCGGUUCCAACAUUCUCCACAUCAUCGAUACCGCCGACCCAGCUCCAGGCGAUAACAACGAUCCUGGCAAGUUGAGCUUCGUGUGGGGAACUGAUACGUGGGACUCGUUCAGUCCGGGUUCACCUUGUGAUGUGGGUCCCGUGGGCACGAAUGCACAGUAUGGGGGUAGCACGAAUUAUGAGUGCGAGUGGUUGUGUGAUAACUGAGGUGGUGAUGGGCGAUUUCGAACUGCUCGGUUGUGGUAGGAAUGAAUGCUGGGAAUUGUGAUUU